AUGCUCGCAAACGUAGGCUCUUUCGUCCAAGGCACCGCGCGCGUCGCGCCCGCCAGACAAAACCUUAGCGCUAGGUCAUCAUACGUCACCGAGCCGAUCGUCCCGGGCGUCGCCCCGCGCGUAUCCCUCCCAGCGCGCCUGUCGGGCGUCGUCGUCGCUCGAUUCGGUGGUCGCGGGCGCGGCGGCGGUGGACGCGGACGCGGCGGCGGCGGCCGUGGGCGAGGGGGCCGAGGGCGCGGCCGGGGCGGCCGCCCGCAGAAGGACCAGGGACCGCCGAGAAACGAAGAUAUCCCGUACGAUGAGCUUCGGGUGCUGGGUGAGGAUAAGGAGAUGUUGGGAGUGAUGUCAACAGAUGAGGCGCUGGAGAUUGCGGCGGAGAGGGAACUGGACUUGGUGGUGAUGAGCGCUGACGCCAACCCGCCGGUGGCGCGCAUCAUGAACUACUCAAAGUUCAAGUAUGAGCAAGAAAAGAGCGCCAGAGAGGCGAGAAAGAAGGCGGCGGCGACUCGUGUAGACCUUAAAGAACUCAAGAUGCGAUAUAACAUCGAUACGCACGAUUACGAGGUUCGAUUGAGAUCUGCGUUGAAGUUUUUGGAAGGUGGCGACAAGGUCAAAGUCAUCUGUCAGUUCCGCGGACGCGAGAACGACUUCCGUGAGAUCGGACGAGAAAUGUUCGCCAGAUUCGUAGAGGAUAUCGGUGAAGUAGGCGUGCUCGAGAACAGGCCGAACAUGGAGGGGAACUCAAUGACGAUGAUCAUCUCUCCAGCGGUGUCGAAAGCGGAGCGGGCACAAAACGACUAG